AUGUAAGCCCGCGCACGUUUUGCACAACUUUGUAUUUCAGACAGGCUUUGAAACUGGGCGGAGUUUGAGUUCAACAGGGAAAUGACUUCAGAAAAACUUUCUGAGACACUGAAAGAUGUUGUUGCUUUUGUCGACGUUUGGUCAUCCAGCAAGACUGAGAACUAUUCUAAACCUUUCAUUCAGCAGUUACGGGAAAUGGGAGCCGAGGUGUCGAAAACAUUUGACAAACGAGUAACUCACGUGGUGUUCAAAAAUGGUCACCAGUCCACUUGGAACAAAGCCAAGAAGAUGGGCGUGAAACUCGUGUCAGUUCUCUGGGUUGCCAGAUGUAAAGAUUGUGGUGAACACAUUGAUGAAGAUUCAUACCCUGCUAUAAAUGAUGAAAGCCACAGGAAUCCAGCAUUUACCAAGCGAACACAUCGAUGCAUGCAGCCAAGGGACAUUCCUGAGCAGAACCCGGAGAAUAACAAGUCGAUGAAGAGGAAGCUGGACCGAAUGAUGAAGAGCCUGACCAUGUCAUCGCCCAGCUCUCCGGACCUCUCCCCGUUCCUCAUCGACGAGGCGAGCGGGAUCGUUUACAGCCCGGCGUCCAAGAGGGCCAGCACCAUGGCACUGCGCCUCAAAGUCAUGAAGGAGAAGAGGGAAAGUCUUUCACGGACAGACGCAUCUGAUGAAGACGACUCCAGUGAUUUGGAUAUAUCUCUUAGUGACCUUCGUAGUAGCUUUCCUGGCAGCAAAAGUGAAGGAGAGACAUCCACUUUUGAUUUGGGUGACAGUAGAUCCGACAUUGAAAUUAAUAGGAGCGCUACAGAAUUGCCUCCCAGAACGGACACGACAAAGCAGGCAUCCGUCAAUCGUCAAGCAAAGAAAAAAACCGUGAAACGUCCAUGUCCUCAAGGGCUCCAUAGUGAAAGUAAAGGAACAAAAACCCAAGAGCACUCCAGCUCAUCUGUCCAAAGCAAUGCGCUCGAGUGUCAAACGUCACUUAAAAGUCCGGCUGCAUUAUUCGGAGAAGGUGCGAUCGCUCCGUCGCCUGCUGGACUCAGUUUGUCUGACAGUCGGGCUAUCAGAAAGCGGAGGAAAUCUUCUUUCAAAUGUGACCGAGCUGAAAAUGCUAACUCACAAACGCCUUGUACCGUAGCACUAUCUGGCGAAAGCGGACCCCCAGUGGAAAUGCGGCAAGUUUUAAAUACUGAGGGAAAUGACCCCUGCGGUCAAACGAAAGCGUCCAAAGUCCACAGCCUCUCCAGGGAUUGCAGUAGAUCGGCAAAGAAAACAUUAGUUAUGACGAGUAUGUCCGAAGACAGGCAGCACACAGUGCUCCAGGUGGUGAGCAGCCUGGGGGGGUUCUCCUUGGCGGAUGCGGUGGGAGAAGGCACCACCCACGUGGUAACGGGACGACCCCGUCGCACCCUCAGCGUCCUGCUGGGCAUCGCUCGCGGAUGCUGGAUCCUGUCCUUCCAGUGGAUCUUGUGCUGCUUGGAACAUGGGUGUUGGGUGUCUGAGGAACCCUUUGAGCUUUCUGAACACUUCCCCGCUGCUUCUGUCUGCCGCCUCCAGCAGCACCUGUCGGCGGGUGAGCACCAGCAGGACCUGUUCUCCGGCCAGCCGGUGAUGUUCGUGUCCCCCCAGUCCCAGCCCCCCACGCGGAGCCUGACGGAGCUCAUCCAGCUGUGCGGGGGCACGGUGUGCAAGACCGUGCGUCAGGCGGGCGUCUGCAUCGGCCCGUACAAGGGCAAGAAACCGCAGGGGACACGCAGUCUCUCUGAGCAGUGGGUGCUGGAUUGCCUCACUCAUCUGAAGGAACUGCCGUACGACAGCUAUGACCUGGACAAAAAAUCAGAGUGAAUGCUUUUCAAAUGUUUCCAAGAAAAGAGUACAUAUUUUUUCAGGAUAUUUUUGUUUUGUUAUUUUUCAUACCGCAGCAACAGUAUUGUAGACAUUGACAUACUUUUACAUUUUAGGCAUUCAGCAGAGACUCUUAGCUGGAGCGACUUCAUAGCUUGCAUGCUUUAGACACAAUACACUUAUACAGGUGGAUAUUUACUGAAGCAAAUCUGGUGAAGUAACUUACCCAAGUGUAUGGCCAGCACUCCAUCAAGUGAUCCAACUGACAGUCUGGGAGUUACACCCCCUGGCCAGUAUGCUACACUCUAGCCCACACAUUUAUAUAUAUUGUGUUUCUGCAUUUUAAAAGAAUAAACGUGUGUAUGGAUUUAAGAAAUAAAAUGAGAGUGUUUGGAGAUGCCUGUAAGAGACAAAA